GCAUUCUGAACCUGGACUAGGACGGAGCUGGAAGGAGCUGAGGCCCAGACAGACUCCCCCCCCACCCUAAAUGGGGUGGUGUGGACCUGUGACAUCGCCCGCAGUGGAGUCUGUACCGGUUGCGGGGGACCCUGCUCAUUUGAAAAUCUGACAUCAGCUGGGCAGUCACCCCCCUCCUCCCUCCUCCCUCCGCUCUGACAUAGCAUGUAGUGCCUGAAUCUUCUUUUCUUUCCCGGGGACUCUCCAUUCCCUAUAUCCAGGAAAAUGUGAUGAGCUACAGGUAUCAGCUUCUAGAUCACCAACCACUUCAUGUUCUAGCCACAAGUGACUCGAGUGGAAGAUCCGGGGGCAACAAGGUACGUCAGGAAGAUGCCUACAGAACAAGGAGAAGCUGGGGGAAAAGAGGUGUGCAGAUACCAGAUCAAAGAAUCGGACAAAGAAGAGGAACCACCAGCUGCUUCAUCCCAUGGCCAAGGGUGGCGUCCAGGUGGCAGAGCAGCUAGGAACUCAAGGCCUGAACCUGGGGCCAGACACUCUGUACUCCCUGCCAUGGUCAAUGACCCACCAGUACCUGCCUUACUGUGGGCCCAGGAGGUGGGCCACAUCUUGGCAGGUCGUGCCCGCAAGCUGCUGCUCCAGUUUGGGGUGCUCUUCUGUACCAUCCUCCUCCUGCUCUGGGUGUCUGUCUUCCUCUAUGGCUCCUUCUACUAUUCCUACAUGCCCACAGUCAGCCACCUCAGCCCCGUGCAUUUCUACUACAGGACUGACUGUGAUUCCUCCACCUCCUUACUCUGCUCCUUCCCUGUUGCCAAUGUCUCGCUGGCUAAGGGUGGACGUGAUCGGAGAUGGGGGCUACCUUGGGCAGGUGCUGAUGUAUGGACAGCCGUACCGUGUCACCUUAGAGCUUGAGCUUCCAGAGUCCCCUGUGAAUCAAGAUUUGGGCAUGUUCUUAGUCACCGUUUCAUGCUACACAAGAGGUGGCCGAAUCAUCUCUACUUCUUCGCGCUCCGUGAUGUUGCAUUACCGCUCAGACCUGCUCCAGAUGCUUGACACGCUGGUCUUCUCCAGCCUCCUGCUGUUUGGCUUUGCAGAGCAGAAGCAGCUCCUGGAGGUGGAGCUCUACUCGGAAUACAGGGAGAACUCGUACGUGCCGACCACCGGAGCGGUAAUCGAGAUCCACAGCAAGCGCAUCCAGAUGUACGGGGCCUACCUCCGCAUCCAUGCCCACUUCACCGGCCUCAGGUACUUGCUGUACAACUUCCCGAUGACCUGUGCUUUCGUAGGCGUCGCCAGCAACUUCACCUUCCUCAGCGUCAUCGUGCUCUUCAGCUACAUGCAGUGGGUGUGGGGGGGCAUCUGGCCCCGACACCGCUUCUCUUUGCAGGUCAACAUCCGGAAAAGAGACAGUUCCCGGAAGGCAGUGCAGCGAAGGAUCUCUGUCCGUCAUCCAGGGCCCCAAGGCCAGGAGGAGUCAACCCAGCUGUCAGACAUCACAGAGGACUGCGAGAGCCUUGAAGAUCCCCCGGGGGCAGAGGGUCAGCUCCCUGAGGAGGAGAAAGCAGACCAGCGGCCCUUGAAUGGAGAGGAGGAGCUGGAGCCAGAGGCCAGUGAUGGUUCGGGCUCCUGGGAAGACGCAGCUUUGCUGACCGAGGCCAACCUGCCUGCCCCUGCCCCUGCCCCUGCCCCGGAGACUCUGGGCAGCUCUGAACCCUCUGUGGGCAAUCUCCGACAGCGCCCCACCUGCUCUAGUUCCUGAAGAGAACAGGGCAGAGUCCUGACAUUCCAGUCCUUUCUCACCUGACCCCUUCCCCAAUAAACUAUUUUCAUGCCA